AUGCUUGAGGUGCUUUUGACCGCUGGGCCUGCACUCUGCUGGCUUUUCUGUCGGCUCUACCAGAUUCUCCAGACACCUCUGGAAGCCCUUUUCAAAAAACUAUCCAUCGAUAUUCCCCAUGCGCCCAAGAUAACCAUAGAUCAGCUCCAGAAGAACCAAGUGGUGCUUCACUGGGAUACCGAGGAAUGGCAGGAAAACGUGUAUUUUGUUGUUCUUGUGAAUGGUCGUGAAGCAGCUUCGCUAGCCGGAAAGCUGAUUUGCCUCCAGGGCCUUGAAGCUUCGAAAAUGUACCUGAUUGAGGUUUUGGCUGUCAACGCCGCUACCAACUUCAGAUCCCAGAGCGGCGCCAUUUACGUGACCACAAUGGAUGACGGAUGUGAUUUUGAAGGCGACGCCUGGUCGGUCACUCCCUGGAUGACCCGGGACGAGAAGCACUCGGAUGAAUACAAGAUGUCUAGAGAAGCAGCGUUGAGCGACGCUGAAAAGGGCCUUUUGGAACAGAUUCGCCACAACCAGAUUGAGCUAUACAAAACACGUGCUGAAGUUGCCGAGAUUUCCUCUUCUCAGCAGAGAGAAGUGCAGCAGCUUCUUGCAGCUUUUGAAGAGUACAAGUACAUGCUUAGCGAAGAACAUGAACAGCGGGGCCGCAAGGAUCUGGAUGUGAAAACUUUGGAGAAGAAGAAAGACUCGUUGACCUUUGAGAAGCUCAAGCUUUCGAAGCAGCUCAGAAACCACAAGUCGCAUAAGCUGAUCCACAAGGCCAGUUUGGCCGAGCUACGGUCUCGUGUAGCCAAGCUCGAGGAGAAGAAACAGCAUGUUUUAAACCUGGCAGACCUGGAAAAAGCUCGUGUCAAGUCGUCCGUUGACCAGCUCCACAAGGAUAUUGCUGGACUCAAAGAUGGCCUUGCAGAGUUGGAGAACCAGUCCAAGCUGCUCAACAGCGACAGAAAAGAAUUGGCUCACCAGGUUAACGUACUUAGGCCGCUUGUGGAUCAGUUCACCGUUUUCAACCCCCAGCCAACGGGUGAAACUUCCCCUAAUGGCUCUCAAGUCAGCCUCACUGCAGUGUUUGAGGUUUUCACUAGAGACUCACUCUUGACUAAAGGCGGUGCAGAGUUGCUCAAGAAAAUCACGUCGCUUCAACCUGAUUGGGAUGCGGAUAUCAACCGCGAGUUCGAAGCCCUCACAGCCUUGGAGCUGUCCUGGAAGAAUACUUAUCGCAAUGUCAUUCGUAAGUUUGUUCAUUUCCAUAACAAUGCUGAGAUGACACGAGCUGCAGCGACUCCAGGUUACGUGCCUCAGAAAAUCACAGAGUACCAAGCAAGCGUGGAGUUUGGAGGCUUCAGCAAUGCCUUGCCUAAACUGAGACCUCCAAAGGUGUACACCUUUGUGGAUGAGAAUUCGCCUGCUCCUGAAUCGCCAGCAUCGACACCAGCUUCUCCACCGUUACCAGAUUCAGAGAAAAUGCCUCCAUUCUUCAACCGUGUCAAUGAAGAGGAUAACAAUCUGAGUAGCUUGGGAUCCGAGCCAAUGAACAGGGAUUUCUCUGACAGAAGAGAUAUACCUGAUAUCAACGUCAGCAGAGACUACCCUAUGGCACAGGGCCAGAGCUUGAACAUGCCCUUGAUGGCCUCUUCCUCUUCCCUUGCUCAAACUCAGUCUCUCAAUCUGAACAUCCAGACUCAACCAUUGGGUUAUGGCCAUCAGCAGAGUUUUUCUCAAAGCAGUCUUCCUCAGUCACAGGUGGGCGCAAACUUGAAUCACAGUGUGCCUUUGGAGCCUACCCCUUCGGGAACCCUGAUCCAGGCCUCUUUACUUGGAAACCAUACCCAGAACCAGGACUCACUUCUGAACUUCCUGUUUCCCCUUCCUAACAAUUUGCUGCCUGGUAUUCAAGACCGUUCCCAUUUGCCUGGUAAUUUGCAAGACUCGUUGCAGCCCAACCUUCAGCCAUUCUUGUCUGGCCUUCCAUACGAAGACCAGAUGUAUGGAAUGAGGUCACCUACUCCGGAUCCCCCGGCAUUCAACCAGCAACCUCUUCCUUCGUUGUGGAACACCAAUACCUCAAACAACUCGUCAAAUUUCAUGAACCAGCGCUUCCCCAACCAGAUGUCGCUUUCCCCUGGUCCCAUGAACGUCGAGUUGUCUCCCUCUCAAUCUGUGGUUUCGCAAACUGGAGACACGCUUUUGGAUACGCUUUUGCUUUCCAACAACCCGCUGCUUCCUCAAAGCUCCUUGCAACUGAACAUAUGGCUGGACAGACACAACCCUGGCCUUGGAAGCCACAACAGGGCUCUUUCUGGAGGAAACCACAUUUGGAGAAACGACGUGCACAAUGGCACGAUCUCUCCUGAUUUCCAGCCGUUCCAGUCUCGGCGCAAGGACAGAGACGAAGCGGAUGAUAUUCAGCUGUUGUGA